UCAUGGAUUCAGUAAUUCAACCCGUUCAAAAUGGAGAAAACCUAAGUACUAUAUCACAGAUUAACAAAUUUAAAAACGAAACACCAGGUACAAUUAGUAAAACAAUUAUUAGAAAGAAUAGUAAUAAAUAUAAAAAACAAAGCCGCAGGCAAUAUGAGAAGAAUGAUAUAUUUAGAAACGAAACAUCAAAAACUAUUCGUAUGAAACUAAAGAAACCAAAACGCAAAGAACGACUCUCCAAAAUAGAGUCCAUCGAAUCCCAAUCUGAAUAUAGACAUCAAGAAACAACGCCUUUAAAACCUCUUGAACCUAAUACAUCACCCGGUUCUCCAGGGAUAGUGCAAUAUUAUCAGGAACCAGAAUAUACUUAUUAUAAUGAUGAGUUCAUUGAUGGAACAUAUUCAUAUAAUUGGAGUAAUGAAUUUUUAUAUGGAAGUCCUGGCAAUAGUUUUAAUCAGGAAACUGAAUUCGAUAAUUCCAAUUACGAAAUCAUUACUUAUUUAUAUGUACCCGAUAUGUCAGAUAACUAUG